CGGUCAUUAUCAUAAUAAGCAAAGAAUGGGCGGUGGCUUUGAGGCGAGGGGUGGGCUUUCGGAACCUCAGUCUCUGGCCUCUCCUACUUAACGGGAUUUGAGGAUGGGUGCUGGUGUGCUGGUGACAUUGGCCGGGAAGCCGAGGUUCACGGAAGGGCAGCGGCUGGCCCAAGAUCGGUCACAUGAAUUUAGGGCAAAAGCAGAACUAGACUCUAGGAGCCAUGUCCACUUUGUUUCCCUCACUCUUCCCCCGUGUGACUGAGACACUGUGGUUUAAUCUGGAUCGACCCUGUGUGGAGGAGACAGAGCUGCAGCAGCAAGAACAACAGCAUCAGGCCUGGCUCCAGAGCAUCGCAGAGAAAGACAACAACCUGGUACCUAUUGGCAAGCCGGCCUCGGAGCACUAUGAUGAUGAGGAAGAGGAGGAUGAAGAUGAUGAUGAAGAUAGUGAAGAGGACUCAGAGGAUGAUGAGGACAUGCAGGACAUGGAUGAGAUGAAUGACUACAAUGAGUCACCUGAUGACGGAGAGGUCAAUGAGCCUUCUCUCCAGGUGGACAUGGAAGGCAACGAACAAGAUCAGGACCAGUGGAUGAUCUAGGUAGACAAGGCAGGGUGGCCUCAGGGAAAUUCCAGGCCAGCCGAACUUACCCUGCAUCCCCUGCAGAACCAGCUGUUUGCCCCACUGCCUGAAAGCUCACCCUUGGGUAUUUCUUCAGCUGCUGCCAGGAACUGGUCUCCUUGGCCCCUCCCAGGCCAUCAGUUUGCCCUUGAGUCCCCAGGGCCUGAGCCCAACCCACCUUUCUGCCUAGUACUUCGCCCUUUGGUUGCCAGGUAUAGUCUCUUUCUAACUCCCUUUAAUAAAGACACAGGACUGAUUUUUUC